UCCCAAAAACACCAAACCAAAAUGCGCAGAACACGUACUUCCCCGUACACUCACCCACACCAGAUCCAAAGGAACCCAUAGUCGAGUAAAGGAAUAGUCGUUUUUCCUUCUCUCUUCUUCUUCUUCUUGACUCUCUCUCUCUCUCUCUGGCGAUCGCCGAGCAUAUACAACCGAUCGAAUCACUCCAUCACACUCUCUCUCCUUUAUACACACACACACACACACUCUCGAUCUCUGCUCCUCGAAGACUUCCGUUGUUGCAAUUGAGUUUCACGAGAAACUCCACCGAUCCUCCAUUAUCAAGGAAUCGAAAUUCUAGGGCUUUGUUUUCCCUUAUGAAGUUAUGUGCAGAGAAUGCGUUUCACUUGAAUUAUCAGUUUUGGAUAAUGAUUCGAUUCUAGAACACCAAGUCCAAGAGAUCGACCCCAUUUUCAGUCCAAAUGGCGGCUUCACCAGUCAACUUCUUGUUUGGUUUCCUACUCGCCUCGAUCAUUCUAUGGCUUGUGUUCAUGUUUGCAUCCAGGUUGUCAGCUUGGAUCCUAAGCCGGAUUAUGGGAGCGUCUGUUGGAUUUCGGGUUGGCGGAUGGAAAUGUUUAAGAGAUGUUGUUGUCAAGUUCAAAAAGGGUGCUGUUGAAUCUGUAUCUGUUGGUGAAAUCAGAGUCAGCUUACGGCAGUCAUUGGUUAAACUUGGGGUUGGUUUUAUUUCUAAGGACCCGAAACUGCAGGUGUUAAUAUGUGAUUUAGAAGUUGUAAUGAGAGCUUCAGGUAAAAGCGCACAAAAAAGUAGAUCUCGAAGGUCACGCUCUUCAGGCAGAGGAAAGUGGAUGGUUGUGGCUAACAUGGCAAGAUUUUUGUCCGUUUCUAUAAAUGAAUUGGUUGUGAAGAUGCCCAGAGCUACUAUUGAAGUUAAGGAACUAAGAGUGGAUAUAUCUAAAGAUGGUGGAUCCAAGCCGGCUCUGUUUGUUAAGCUAUACCUUUUGCCCAUUGUUGUUCACUUGGGUGAUCCACGGGUUAGUUAUGACCAGUCAUCCAACUUUAACCAUGGUGGAUACACUUCAACUAACCACGCGUCCUCUACCUUGAUGGAAAAGACAUUUGCUCCUUUCUACUGUGAAGAGUUAACUCUUUCAUCUGAAUUUGGUCAUGAUAGGGAAGCAGGUGUAGUUAUUAAAAAUGUGGACAUUACGAGUGGAGAAGUUACUUUAAACUUAAAUGAGGAACUUUUUCUUAAAACAAAGGGUUCAUCUGAUGCCUUUUCUCAUGCUGCUGAAGUUGUAGAGUCCAGUGUUGAAUCUAGCCUAGCUAAAAAGCCACAGAAAAAACAAGCAACACUUUUGUCUGUGACAAAGUAUGCUUCUAUAAUCCCAGAGAAGUUAUACUUCAAUUUGCCCAAGUUGGAUGUGAAUUUUUUGCAUAGGGGACAUGAUCUUCUUGUUGAGAAUAACAUCAUGGGUAUUCAAGUUAAAAGCAUCAAAUCUCGGUCUAUUGAAGAUGUGGGGGAGAGUACACGUCUCGAUAUUCAAAUGGAUUUCAGUGAGAUUCAUCUUUAUAGAGAAGCUAGCAUCUCUGUCGUGGAGAUACUAAAACUUGAUGUUGGUUCUUCAGCUUACAUUCCUUUACAGCCUACCUCGCCUAUCAGAUCUGAAAUUGAAGUUAAGCUUGGGGGUACUCAGUGCAACAUCAUAAUGAGCAGACUAAAGCCAUGGAUGCACCUGCAGUCCUCAAAAAAGAAGAAAAUGGUGCUUCAAGAUGGAAAUUCUAACCCUGAAAGGCUGCAGUCAACCUUUAACUACCUCUUGUUUUAUGUAGUUUUAUGUUUCAAUUUUUUGGCUAGGUUUCUGAGUUCCAUGAAUGUAGUAGUCGUCCAUAUGUUAUCACUUCAUUUUCACUCUGAGUUUAAAUUAAACUAUGACUAUUACAGCAUAUUUCUUUUUGAUUUCCAAAUGCAGGGUUGCUCACAAUCAUCACAUGUGUUUGCUAAUAACAUUUCGAGUACAGACACUUCAGUGCACAUGAAACUUGGUGAACUGAAUCUGCACAUGGCUGAUGAAUAUCAAGAAUGCUUAAAAGAAAGCCUUUUUGGAGUGGAAACAAAUACGAAUUCUUUAAUGCAUGUUGCAAAAGUAAGCAUGGAUUGGGGCAAAAAAGAUACAGAAUCACUUGAAGAAGAUGUUCCUAGGAAUAAAGUGGUUCUUUCUGUUGAUGUGACUGGGAUGGGCAUUUACUUGACCUUAAAGCGUGUUGAAUCACUAAUAUCAAUGAUGAUGUCCUUCAAAUCUUUGUUGAAAAAUUUAUCUGCUUCUAGUAAAAAACCACAGCCAAACCGUGGAGGGCACUCAUCCAAACCAUCAGCGAAGGGGAUUCAAAUUUUAAAAUUUAAUCUUGAAAGGUGUUCUGUAAACUUCAGCAGUGAUGUUGGCUUGGAGAACACAGUUGUUGCAGACCCCAAACGUGUGAAUUAUGGAUCUCAAGGUGGUCGAUUUAUAAUUAGUGUCUCAGCUGAUGGGACACCACGUAGUGCAAACAUAAUGUCCACAAUCUCAGAUGAGUCCAAGAAAUUGAAGUAUUCUGUAUCUCUUGACAUCUUCCAUUUCAGUCUCAGUAUGAACAAGGAGAAACAGUCCACACAUAUGGAGCUAGAAAGAGCACGAUCUAUCUAUGAGGAAUAUUUGGAUGAUGAUAGGCCUAAUGCAAAAGUGUCAUUGUUUGACAUGCAGAAUGCAAAAUUUGUGCGCCGAUCUGGUGGUCUUAAAGAGAUUGCUACUUGCUCUCUUUUUAGUGCUACUGAUAUUACGGUCAGGUGGGAGCCAGAUGUGCAUAUAGCAUUAUUUGAACUAGUGCUGCAUGUGAAGUUGCUCAUACAUAGUCAGAAGCUUCAAGGACUUGAUGACAAUCAUAUGGAAGACACUUUUACUGAGAAGAAAGAAACCUCUGUGGAGUCAAUACAAUAUGAUAAGAAAAAAAGCAAAAAGGAAUCUCUUUUCGCUGUUGAUGUUGAAAUGCUGAACAUAUCAGCUGAGGUCGGAGAUGGAGUUGAGGCCAUGGUUCAGGUUCAAUCAAUUUUUUCUGAGAAUGCUUCUAUAGGAGUACUUCUUGAAGGUCUUAUGCUCAGUUUCAAUGGAACAAGAGUAUUUAAAAGUAGUCGGAUGCAAAUUUCACGUAUACCUAAUGUCUCCACUGGUUCAUCUGAUGCAAAAUUUGAAGCAGCAACUACAUGGGAUUGGGUUAUUCAAGGCCUUGAUGUCCAUAUUUGCAUGCCAUACAGGUUACAGUUGCGUGCCAUUGAUGAUUCAAUUGAGGAGAUGUUGAGAGCUUUGAAGCUUGUCACUGCUGCUAAAACCGAACUCAUAUUUCCAAUAAAGAAAGAAAGUGCAAAACCCAAAAAGCCUAGUUCAACAAAAUUUGGAUGUGUGAAGUUUUGCAUACGUAAACUAACCGCUGACAUUGAGGAAGAACCAUUACAGGGUUGGCUUGAUGAGCAUUAUCAGCUGAUGAAGAAAGAGGCUUGUGGAUUAACUGUCAGGUUGAAAUUUCUUGAUGAACUUAUUUCCAAAGGAAGUCAAUCUCCUGAAACUGCUGGAACAAAGGAUUCUAAUCAUGAAGGUAAGAUUCUUUAUAACGGAGAGGAGAUUGAUGUUCAGGAUGCUUCAGCUAUUCAGAAAAUGAAAGACGAGAUCUAUGUGCAAUCAUUCCGUUCAUAUUACCAGGCAUGUCAGAAUCUUGUGCCAUCAGAAGGGUCAGGAGCUUGUAAAAUGGGGUUUCAAGCUGGUUUCAAGCCUAGCACUGCCAGAACAUCUCUUUUUUCUGUCUCUGCAACAGAGUUAGAUGUUAGCUUGACAAGAAUUGUUGGUGGUGAUGCUGGGAUGAUAGAGGUUAUACAGAAGCUUGAUCCUGUCAGUCAAGAAUGCAACAUACCAUUUUCUCGACUUUACGGGAGUAAUAUUCUUUUGAGUACAGGCUCUUUGCUUGUUCAGUUAAGAAAUUAUACGUUUCCACUUUUCUCUGCAACUUCUGGUAGAUGUGAAGGUCGUAUUGUGCUAGCUCAACAGGCGACAUGCUUUCAGCCCCAAAUAUACCAAAAUGUCUUUAUUGGAAGAUGGAGGAAAGUCUGCAUGCUUCGUUCAGCUAGUGGCACUACUCCACCAAUGAAGACAUACUCAGAUUUGCCUAUUCAUUUUCAGAAAGCUGAAGUUUCCUUUGGAGUGGGUUUUGAGCCAGCUUUUGCUGAUAUCAGCUAUGCUUUUUCUAUUGCUCUUCGCAGGGCUGAUCUAAGCAUUAGGAACCCCAAUGCUUCAGAUGUUCAGCCACCCAAAAAGGAACGCAGCUUACCAUGGUGGGACGAUAUGAGAAAUUACAUUCAUGGGCAUAUUACCUUGUUUAUGUCUGAGACCAGAUGGAUUGUUCUUGCCACUACUGAUCCUUAUGAGAAUCGUGACAAACUUCAAAUUGUUUCUGGCCAUAUGGAAAUCCAGCAGUCAGAUGGUUGUGUUUAUGUUUCUGCAAAGGAUUUUAAGAUUUUGUUGAGCAGUUUGGAGACUUUACUGAACAACUGCAACAUAAAGCUUCCUCCUGGCAGUUGUGGUGCUACCCUAGAGGCCCCAUCCUUUUCUCUUGAAGUGACAAUGGAAUGGGAAUGCUAUUCGGGCAAUCCCAUGAAUCAUUAUUUGUUUGCACUCCCAAAUGAAGGUGCACCCCGUGAAAAAGUUUUUGAUCCCUUCAGAUCUACGUCUCUCUCCCUGAGGUGGGAUUUCUCACUGAGACCCUCUCUUCCCUCACGUGAGAAUCAAUCACAAUCCUCCACAACAGGAGAUGAUGCUGUCCUGGAUGGUGUUGCUUAUGGAACUAUAUGCAAGUCAGAGAAUGUUUCAAUUGAUUCACCAACCCUGAUAAUUGGUGCUCAUGAUUUAGCAUGGUUAAUUAAAUUCUGGAGCAUGAAUUAUUCACCUCCUUAUAAGUUGCGGAGCUUUUCACGAUGGCCUCGUUUUGGAAUUCCACGGGUUGCCAGAUCGGGCAAUCUGUCUCUAGACAAGGUGAUGACAGAAUUUAUGUUUCGCAUUGACGCCACUCCAACUUGUAUAAGGCAUGUGUAUCUAGAUGAUGAUGAUCCGGCUAAGGGGCUGACAUUUAAGAUGACAAAGUUGAAAUAUGAACUCUAUUAUAGUCGGGGUAAGCAAAAAUAUACCUUUGAAUGCAAGCGUGAUUCUCUAGAUCUUGUUUACCAGGGUCUCGACCUACACAUGCCUAAAACAUAUCUAGAUAAAGAAGAUUGCAUGAGUGUUGCAAAAGUAAUUCGAAUGACAAGGAAAAGUUCAAAGUCUGCAUCCAUGGACCGAACUGCAAAUGAAAAAUGUGGGUAUAUUAACAGCUGCACAGAGAAGCAUCGUGAUGAUGGAUUUUUGUUAUCUUCUGAUUAUUUUACAAUCAGACGGCAAGCCCCAAAGGCUGACCCUGCAAGAUUAUUAGCAUGGCAGGAAGCCGGAAGAAGAAAUCUUGAGAUGACAUAUGUCAGGUCCGAGUUUGAAAAUGGGAGUGAGAGUGAUGAGUAUACACGUUCUGAUCCAAGUGAUGAUGAUGGUUAUAAUGUGGUAAUAGCUGACAAUUGUAGACGCAUUUUUGUUUAUGGCCUCAAGCUUUUAUGGACUCUUGAGAAUAGAGAUGCAGUUUGGUCCUGGGUUGGUGGAAUAUCGAAGGCAUUUGAAUCUCCAAAACCUUCUCCUUCUCGGCAGUAUGCACAGAAGAAGUUGCUUGAGGACAAACAGGCAGUUGACAGACCUGAAAUGCCUCCAGAUGAUGUGUCAAAGCCUCCUCUAAUCAAUCAAGGUGCCAGUUCCUCUUCUCCACAACUUGCAGAGACUUCAGGAUCACUUUCAUCUCCACCGCAUGCAGUUAAAAAAGAAAACUCAACAUCUGGUGCUAUUGCAAAUAUUGGAAACAAUGAUGAUUCCGAGGAGGAGGGGACUCGACAUUUCAUGGUGAAUAUUAUAGAGCCACAAUUCAAUCUUCACUCAGAAGAAGCCAAUGGUAGAUUUCUGCUUGCUGCUGUUAGUGGCCGUGUUUUAGCCCGUUCAUUUCAUUCAGUCCUUCAUGUUGGCUAUGAAAUAAUUGAACAGGCACUUGGUACUGGAAAUGUACAUGUUCCAGAAUGUCAACCUGAAAUGACAUGGAACCGCAUGGAAUUUUCUGUGAUGUUGGAGCAUGUGCAAGCUCAUGUUGCACCAACUGAUGUUGACCCAGGGGCUGGACUACAGUGGCUUCCAAAAAUCCGUAGGAGUUCCCCAAAAGUAAAGCGUACUGGUGCUUUACUUGAAAGGGUAUUUAUGCCUUGUGAUAUGUACUUCCGCUACACAAGGCAUAAUGGCGGAACGACGGACUUAAAGAUGAAGCCCUUGAAAGAGCUGACCUUCAAUUCUCGUAAUAUAACAGCAACAAUGACAUCUCGUCAGUUUCAGGUUAUGCUUGAUGUGUUGACUAAUCUUCUCUUUGCUCGGCUUCCCAAGCCUCGAAAAAGUAGUCUGUCAUAGAUUGCUGAAGAUGAUGAAGAUAUAGAAGAGGAGGCAGAUGAGGUGGUUCCUUAUGGUGUUGAAGAGGUAGAACUUGCGAGAAUCAAGCUUGAACAGAAAGAGCGGGAGCAGAAGUUGCUUCUAGAUGACAUUAGGAAAUUGUCUUCUUAUGGUGAUACUUCUGGAGACAUAUGUCUGGAAAAGGAAGGUGACCUAUGGAUGAUAACUGGUGGAAGGUCCACAUUGGUGCAGAGACUAAAAAACGAGCUUGGGAAUGCCAAGAAAUCAAGAAAGGCUGCAUCUGCUUCCUUAAGGUUGGCUCUGCAGAAAGCUGCACAGCUACGACUUAUGGAAAAGGAGAGAAACAGAACUCCGUCCUGUGCUAUGCGUAUUUCUAUGCAAAUUAAUAAAGUGGUUUGGAGCAUGCUUGCGGAUGGUAAAUCUUUUGCUGAAGCUGAGAUAAAUGACAUGAUAUAUGAUUUUGACAGGGACUAUAAAGAUUUUGGUGUCGCUCGGUUCACAACAAAGUAUUUUGUCAUGAGAAAUUGCUUGCCCAAUGCCAAGUUUGAUAUGAUUCUUUCACCAUGGAAUCCUCCUCCUGAAUGGGGAAAAAAAGUAAUGCUUCGAGUAGAUGCAAAGCAGGGAGCUCCAAAAGAGGGAAACUCUCCUAUUGAAAACUUCCAGGUAGAGAUCUAUCCCCUAAAGAUACAUUUGACUGAGACACUGUACCAUAUGAUAUGGGAGUAUUUCUUCCCAGAAGAAGAACAAGACUCCCAACGGCGGCAGGAAGUUUGGAAGGUUUCGACUACAGCGAAUUUAAAACGUGUAAAGAAAGGUUCAUCUAUGCUUGAAGCUUCUGCAUCUAGCAGUCAAUCAACAAAAGAAAUUGAGGUUUCCUCCAAGCUAAACACCCCUCCCUUCACUUCUGCUGCCAGUCAAUCUUCUCUUCAUGUUGAUUCCUCUCAAGCAUCAAAGUUGCAGAACCUUAAAGCUAAUAUGGUUUGCGGUUCUACCCCCGAGCUAAGACGAACAUCAUCGUUUGACAGAACAUGGGAAGAAAAUGUGGCUGAAUCUGUGGCUAAUGAACUUGUAUUACAGGUUCAUUCAUCAAGCAUUUCUUCAUCAAAAAGUGGGCCCCUUGGUGUUGAACAGCAAGACGAACCCACAAAAAAUAAGCCAAAAGAGAUUAAGCCUACUAAAUUGGGUCGUUCCUCUCAUGAAGAAAAGAAGGUAGGAAAGACACAGGAUGAGAAAAGAUCUAGGCCUCGAAAAAUGAGGGAAUUCCACAAUAUCAAGAUAAGCCAGGUUGAACUGCUAGUUACUUAUGAAGGACCUCCGUUGUCUGUCACCGAGCUGAGGUUGCUGAUGGAUACAUUUCACCGUGUUGACUUCACUGGAACUUGGAGGCGACUAUUCUCACGUGUUAAGAAGCAUGUUAUUUGGGGAGUCCUAAAGUCAGUCACCGGAAUGCAGGGUAAGAAGUUUAAAGACAAAGCACCGAGUCAAAGGGAGUCCAGCAGAUCUGGUGUUCCAGACAAUGAUCUUAACUUUAGUGACAGCGAUGGAGGUGGUUCAGCUGGGAAACCUGGUCAAUACCCAAUAUCGUGGGCUAAGCGUCCUAGUGAUGGAGCGGGCGAUGGAUUUGUCACCUCUAUUAGGGGCCUUUUCAAUUCUCAGCGCCGCAAGGCCAAGGCAUUUGUGCUGCGGACAAUGAGGGGUGAAGCAGAGAAUGAGUUCAGUGGUGACUGGAGUGAAAGUGAUGCAGAGUUCUCUCCCUUCGCUAGGCAACUAACUAUAACAAAAGCUAAGAAGCUUCUUAGACGGCACACAAAAAAGUUUCGCUCAAGAGGACAGAAAGGUUCAUCUUCCCAGCAGAGAGACUCACUCCCAUCAUCCCCAAGGGAGACCACGCCAUUUGAAAGUGAUUCUUCUACUGGAUCUUCACCUUACGAGGAUUUCCAGGAGUAGAGGCGCCUGAAGUCAUUAAACUUGGUAUAUUUCUUCAUCGGUUAAAGGAGAGUUGUGCAAAGAUGAAGGUUUUUUUUUUUUUUUUCUAUACUAAGUCCCCAUCAACCUGGGGAUGCAAAGCGGGAAAAUUUUAAUGGAUUUGAGUUGGGACCUCUACCUUUGGAAGAUUCGAGAUUUUUCCAAGCUAUGUGCAUAUAAACGCAGGCCCAAGGAACUGCUUGCGUUGUGAAGUUGAAAGGGUUACUUAUGAUAGCCGACAAUGGAAUAUCAAGACUCACACACACCCUCUCUCUCUCACAUUCACAUUUAAGAGAGUAGUUGUAUCUAUUGUUGGAGGAACCAUCCUCCUCAAAGCCCCACUUAAAUAUAUUACUUUUAUAUCCUGCAAGAUAUGGGCUCUUCAGGAGUUGCAUGUACAAUUUUGUAUAAACAGCUGUAUGUAUAUGUUGAUAAUAGAAUAAAUUCUCUCCCUCUCAAGUACACAUAAACUAGAUCCAUUCAAUAACGUGAUGCACAAAUUUAGGUACACAAUUUCAGAUGUAUUGGUUCAAUGGAUCUGUGUUAGAUGUCUUGCACCA